GAUGGAGCCCAAACUGAUGACAAAGAAUUGUACCUUAACCUAUGGGAAGAUGUCUACAGCUCUGCUAUUUACCUAAUCAUGAUUGAGGAAAUUUCAACCUCAAGUAAUAGUAAUGAACCUGAACUGUUCUCUACUAAGAUAAUUAAUAGAUUAGACAAAUUGGGCCAGUAUCAAGAAAUACAACAUGAAAUCGAUACUGGUAAUGCAAGGCCUAUCAAACAAUUAGUAUAUCAGCUAGAAGACCAGGCUGAUCAUUUGACAGAAGAGAUUGAAGUAUUUCAUAUGAUAGCUGAAGAUUAUCUCGACGAAAAAAUUGAAGGAAAAGAUGAAAAUCCAUUAACUAACGUUGAAGAUACAUGGGAUGACAUGUGGACCAAUCGAGAAAUAACCUUGACAGCACAAAUAGGAUAUCCAUUACUGUCAGGAUCUGAUAAUGAAAUCAAAAUGGAUAUUAAUGAUAAAUAUUUGAUCGAUUUAUCUAAAUG